AAAAGUAUUCGUAAUAAAAAUUCGGCUUCUUCUUCACGUGGACAAAUAACAUGUCAUGAGUAAUGGAGGUCAGGUACUUUUUCCAUAGUUUUAUCAUCAACCUACCAGUUCAUCAAUCUUUUCCUCUCAAGUAUCCUUGGGUGAUUAAGUAUGACUUCAAAUUCUGUUGAUAGUCAAAAUGAUGCAGCAAUGAUGAAUGAAAUUUUCAAGUUCACCAAGAUAAAAUCUGAAAUAGAUCCCCAUGAUGCCAGAGAUAAUAAAGAACAGUGGGACCAAGAUUGUGUGGAGAAUGGAGCCACUGAUCUGUUGGAGUUUGGUACUAAUUGGAAUGAAAGGAAAAAUCCAGAAUUCACUACAAUAAAUUAUACAGGGAACAAAGAUCUAAAUAAAACAUUUCAGAACAGUUUACAUGACAGAAAAUUCUCAUUUAUAGAUGAAGAAAUAACACCAAUCUCAAUUUUAGAUUUAAAUGAAGAGGAAAAACGGAUUAGAACAACACUAUUAAAUAAGACGUUUGAACUGAAAAUUGAACCUGAUGACAAUGUGUUAGGAAAUGAACCUGAUGACAUUGAGCUAGAAAAAGCUGAUGACAAUGAGAGAAGAAGUGAAACUGAUGACAGUAAGCUAGGAUAUGAGUCUAAUAAUGGAAAAGGAGGUAAGAAAGCUUACAAUAGCAAGCAGCUAAACAUAAGAAACACACUUUACAGAAAAGAAUUAAGAUAUAACUCUUACGACAGUGAGUCAGGAAAAGACCCAAACAAGGCUGAGCUGGAAAGUGAGUCUGAUGGUAGUGAGCUAGGAAAUGAGCCUUGCAUUAAUGAGCAGGGAAAUGAACCUUGCAUUAUUGAGCUGAGAAAUGAACCCUGCAUUAGUGAACAAGGAAAUGAACCUUGCAUUACUGAGUUAGGAUGUAAACCUUGCAUUAGUGGACUAGGCUUUGAACCUUGCAACAGUGAAUUAGGAUAUGAAUCUUGCAUUAAUGAGCUAGAAUGUGAACCUUGCAUUUAUGAGUCAGGAACUGAGUUUUGCAACAUUGAGCUAGGAAAUAAACCUUGUACUAGUGAACAAGGAAAUGAACCUUGUACUAGUGAACAAGGAAAUGAACCUUGCAUAAGUGAACAAGGAAAUGAACCUUGCAUUAGUGAACAAGGAAAUGAACCUUGCAUUAGUGAACAAGGAAAUGAACCUUGCAUUAGUGAACAAGGAAAUGAACCUUGCAUUAGUGAACAAGGAAAUGGAUCUUGCAUUAGUGAACAAGGAAAUGAAUCUUGCAUUAGUGAGCCAGGAACUGAAAUUUGCAACAAUGAACUAGGAAAUGAACCUUUUGCCUUAGGUCACCCAUUUACAUGUAAGAAAUGUGAUAGAGGAUUUUCUUUUACAGAACAUUUACAAGAACAUAUUCAGAGUCAGCAAAAUUGUAAACCACACCAGUGUGAAAUAUGCAAUAAAACCUUUCGUCAGCCAUGUGAUUUAAAGAAACAUUUUCGAAUUCAUACCGGAGAGAAGCCAUUUAAAUGUGAAAUUUGUGGUAAGGUCUUUAGUGACAAUGGAAACCUUCACAAACAUUCUAAGGUUCAUACAAAGGGCGGUUACUCAUGUGAAGUCUGUGGAAUUUAUUUUCGUACGAAACCAAGUAUGUUGAAACAUUCCCGGACACACUUAGGGGACAGACCUUUUGUUUGUAAUAUUUGCAGUAAAUCUUUUGCACGGAAUGGCGGACUACGUGCACAUCUUGAAAUACACUCUGCAAAGAAACCUUUUGCAUGUCAUAUUUGUGGGAAGGAAUUCCGUCGCAAAGGAAACUUACAGGAACACCUAGAAUUACAUACAGGACAGAGGAUGUUUACAUGUGGUAUAUGUAAAAAGGAAUUCAGUAUUAAAAUUAAUUUGAAAAAGCAUCUUCGAACUCACACUGGUGAAAAGCCUUUUAAAUGUAAAAUCUGUGCUAGAGGGUUUAGUGAGAAGGGGAGCCUACAAAAACACCAUAGGAUACAUACAGGAGAAAAGCCAUACAGGUGUGAGGUUUGUGGGAAGGAUUUUAGUAUGAGUAGCAGCUUACAGAGGCACACAAGAAUCCAUACUGGAGAGCGACCAUAUGGAUGCAGUAUUUGCGAUAAACGGUUUAAUAAGAAAGAGAUCCUACAAGUUCAUAUCAGGACACAUACUGGUGAGAAACCCUACACAUGUGCUGUGUGUGACAAACGUUUUAGCGAGAGUGGGAGUCUGCAGAUUCACAUGCGCAUUCAUACAGGUGAAAAGCCUUAUAAAUGUCACCUAUGUGAGAAGGAUUUUAGUCAGAGUAGUAGUUUAAAACGACAUGUAGAAUUACACAUGGCAAUGAGGAAACUGGACAUCAUACAAACACCAGCGACAUCCAUGAUUGUAACAUAGAUUUUAUUAUACAUUUUCCACCUUUCAAUGGAACAAAAUUUAGCAAUUUUUCCAAACUCUUGAAGCAAAGCUGACAUUUAUUUAUAAUAAUAUUGUUUUUGAAUUCUCUCCUUUUUUUUUUAAAAAUACCAUACCAUCAACUCAUUAUAACAACCUCUUACUGUACGCCCUAUGACAUGGAAGAGAUAAUUCACUAUGAUAUCAUAUAUAAAUAUAGUGCAAAAUAAAUGCAGCAUUUCAGAUGAAAUAUGAAGCUUAAAGAUUACAAAAAGCAUUGUAGAAUUUUAGAUGAAACAUCAGCUGUUUCCUUUCAGCUUAACUACAUGUACUUAGAAUUUGUCUUUAACCCAGCACUAUUUGUUGGGUUGAUCGUCAUCUUAUUAAGAGUGAGGCGUUAUUUUGAGAAGCCUGUUUUACUGGCCACACAAUACACUUUGCAAUAAAGUUCAUUAGACAACAUAACUUGUAUAUCAAAAACUGUAUACGACUUAUUUCAAGACAUGUAAAGCUGAUUUUAGACGGAUGAAUUGAAGUGAAAUAGCCCAAUGUUGUUAUAUUUUAUUGUGUGUCGUUACUUAAAUUGAGUGAACGGACCAAUGUAACGUCUAUCAUGUGGUUUUGUAAACUUGGUUAUUUUACUUGAAGAUAUGUCUAACAAAAUUUUUAUUUUCCAACUCAUAUUUUUCAAUGAUAUCGCUGAAAUUGUUGUAUUUCAUCUUUCAUGGUGAAAUGAGAGAAAAGGAUCAAAAGGACUGUGUGUAACAGAACUCG